CUUUAUCCUACACAGGAGGACGGCGCGUGAUCGUUGUCACUUCUCAAUUGCCGUUGUGCAGGCUACACCAUGAGCAAGAACACGGAAAAGUCGCUGCUCCUCAAGCCGACGGACGUGACCCCGAUCCGUCAAGAGCUUCGCGAGCUCGCGUCGAUGGCUGUUCAAUUGUCGCUCCGUCAAAUGGUCCGCCAGGUUAUGACGAUCACCGACGCUGCGUUCCAAGGCCACAUCGGGACCAAGCAGUUGGCCGGUGUCGCAUUGGCCGGCAUGUGGAUGGGUGUCCCGUCUGCCUUUAUUCAGUUUGCCAUCGGGGCCAUCUCGACGCUGUGUUCGCAGGCGUAUGGCGCCGGCAACAACCAACUUGUCGGCGUGUGGCUCCAGACUGCAAUCGUGUUUGCCGUCGCGGGCGCGAUCCCCGUGAUGAUCUGGUACAUGUUUGUCGGCGACAUGAUUGCGUUCACGAUGGACGACGCGGAAACAGUCGAGUACGGGAGCCAAUUCGCGCGUGUGAUGGCGCUGGGCCUCAUCCCACAAUAUACCUACGGCGCGCUAACAACGUACUUUGCCACGCAAGGCGUGAUCAUGCCCGCGACGCUGUGCAGUUGCUUCACGAUGGUCCUCAACAUCGUGUUCAACCAAGUGUUUAUCUACGGCGCGUACGGAUGGGGCGGCUUCGGCUUCAUCGGGUCACCGUUGGCCACCGUUGCCAGUACGUUCGUGCAGCUGGUGCUCUUUGUCCUGUACACGGUCGUGAUUAAGGGCUACCACAAGAACUACUGGGGAGGCUGGACAUGGGACUGUAUCAAGAAGGAGCGCGUCCAAAUCUUCCUUGCUCUCGCGAUUCCCAUGGGCGCGUCGUCGGUUGUCGACUGGGCGUCGGCGUCCGUCGCGGGUGCGUUUUCCGGCUACCUCGGCCCCAACAUUGCUGCUUCGAAUGCUGUCAUGAACGGUCUCUUUGGCGUUGUCAACUCGUGCGUGAGUGGAUUCUCCGGUGCGACGCAGAUCCGCAUGUCGCGUUACCUCGGCAAGGGGAGCGCGGAAAGCGCCAAGCGCGUGUUGUACAUGGGCGUGUCCAUCGUCAUGGGGUGCUCGGUCGCCCUCCUCUUUGUUGUGUUCCCGUUCCGUCGCACGCUGUUUGGGAUCUGGAGUAGCGACCCGGUCAUUGUCGAAAUGUGCUCGGACACGAUUGUCGUGUUUGUUGUGUGUAUCUUGGUCGCGUUUAUGCGCUUCCUUCUCACGGCGUGCAUGAACGCGCUGUCCAAGGCCGACUUGAACCUCCUCGCCAACAACAUUGCGUCGUGGUGUGUAUAUGUCCCCCUCAGCUACGUCUUGCCGAUCACGCUCAAGUGGGGCCUCGACGGGUUCUGGAUUGCCGACACCCUCGGGGAAUUUAUCAAGGCCGUGAUUCUCAUCUGGGGCGUCUUCCGAGUCGACUGGAACGUGGCUGCCAAGGAAGCGCAGAAUGCCGCCGAAGCUGGUGACGUCGAAGCCGACGAAGAGCAGGAACUGAACCAAAUGAAGAACGAAGCGCUCAUCACCCCCACGGGCCUCAAGAGUCCUGCCAGCACCCUUGGCAUGACUCCCGGUCGCACCCCCACCGCGAUCCGUCGCUCGCUCAACGCCACCCCCAAGACCAAGCGAACCGCAAGCUUGCAUGUGUGAACGUCGAAUGAAACGACGUUGAAAUUGUCAAAGAGUUUGUUGAGUACUACAUCAUAUCUACCACCAGACAAAGCAGUGCCUUGCCGGGUGAGGAUAAAACAAACAUCUAAUUCCACGAUCGUCGCGAAGUGUACAUCGUGAGCAAGUGAAGCCAAUACUGUUUUGU